AUGGGAUAUAAUUUAAAUAAAUUCACUGGAACCAUCGAUCCUAAUCUAUUGUGUGGUGUUUGUGGUGGUGUAUUUGAGAAUGCUGUCUUAACAUCGUGUGGACAUAGUUUUUGUCUGGACUGCCUCAAGACUUGGUUAAAUCGUCCUAUGACCAAUUCCUGUCCCGAAUGUCGGACACCCAUAGAAUAUGAAACGGUCAAACCUAUCUUAUCUUUAAGAAACCUAAUCAAUGGUUUAGAUGUUUAUUGUGAUCAUGCUGAAAGAGGUUGUAAAACUGUUACUAAAUUAGAAAGUUUGGGGAAACAUCUUGAAACCUGUACUCAUUUUCCGAUUCGCUGUGUUGCUUGUGACGAAGUUGUCAACAGAUAUGAGUUACCAACACAU